GGGUAUUUCACUGCGUGGUGUUUUCCUUUUUUGUUUUCAAAUUGUCAUUUCAACAUUUCUUUUUUUGAUUAAAGCAAGAACGACGUUUCCACUCGCAUUCCUAUCAGAACCGUACGUUUGCCAGCGCGAGAGACGUCAUCAUGCAGGGCGAAGUUGACGCUGCGACCUUUUCUCUCCGGCCGGAUCACCAACAUAAGUUCCGCCCAAAUGAGCUGCGACCCAUCGUAAAGGCCGUGCUCGAGGGUCGGCUGGAUGAUCAGGAGUACAACGCAGAUGAGAUUCAGAGCUUUAGCAAAGAGAUCGCGGACAGCGUGCGGGAUCGCAUCCGCGCCACCGAGCUGGAGCGCUACAAGAUCAUUGUGCACUGCAUGAUCGGUGAGCAGCGCGGCGAGGGCCUGCGCACUGGCUGCAAGAUGUUCUGGGACUCCGACACAGACAACUACUUCGAGGAGGUCUACGUGAGCAAGCAUCUCUUUGCCGUGGUGACUGUAUUUGGCGUCUACCAGUAUUGA